AUGAUUGCUCGGUUGUCGAUCACAUAUUGGCUCAGUCUACCGACCCUGACCCUAAUUCUUCCACUGAGACCGACGAUACUGAAGAAAUUGACGCUCCGGUCUCAACAGCUGUUCCAAACUUCAUUCCAGACCGUACUGAACUGGAUGCGGCUACCGCCUCCUAAUGCCCUGGCACUACCUCCGUUCAGAUCAACACCGAUCAACGACUUCAACCGGACCAAGCCCCUCCUCUCCCUCGCAUUCCCCACCCUAUUUCCUUACGAGGGAGCCGAGUUCACAAUCCCACGUCAGAGGUCUGUCAGCUAUAAGAACUAUGUCCGACAUUUGAUAAAGCAUGAGUCUGGCCGCUUCGCCCAGCAUCCUCGCUUCCGGUUCGUAGUGUUUAACACAAUCAUGCGCCACCAGGCGGCGAAAAGUGCAUGGUUUUAUGUCCGACGCCAGGCUGGUAGACCGGAUAUCACAAUCGAGGAGCUCCAUGGUUGA